UUCUCAUGUGAUGGUGCAGUUUAAAUCAAGUUUUGAUGCAGAACAGAGGUGAUUGUGAAAGUGAAAACAUAUUGCAGUAAAAAACGUGUACAACCACUCGGGAAAUUUAACUUAAUUAUUGAACUUUGAUUUCAUAUAAAACGUUAACAUACACAUUUGAUCUGUGUGAUUUUAAAGAUAUUUAAAAUUUGAUUUGUUAACAUUCAUUCAAGAAAAAUGAACUCUCAUAUAAAAAAGAAGCAAAAGUGCAAAGUAAAGAUAUAGAAGUCGUUUAUGAUGUUUCUGAAAAAGAUGCCUUGAAGGAUAACAGUGAUAUUUUGACACCUAGAAGAAUACAUAUUGGAAACGAAUCAUUCAAAUGAGAAAUAUGUGACAGAGCGUCCAGUCAGUCGUGUUAUCUUGAGAAACACAUCAGAUGUUACAUUUAAGAAAACAACAUUUAAAUCAGAUAUAUAUGAUAGUGCAUUCAAAAGCUCAUCUUAAGGAAUAUAUGAGCAAAGAUUACGCAAAAAAAAAACAACAUUUCAUAUGUGAUAUAUCGACUUGUACAUUCCGUUUUAAGACUAAUCUUAACAGGCAUAUGAACAUAAAGCCUAAGAUAAAAUAAAAACACUCAAAUAUGAUUUAUUUACCUAUAAAUCCAGUUUAAAAGGAAAUCUUUAGACACAUUUCAGCAUACUUACUCAAGAAAAAACAUACGUAUAUGAUUUAUGUGCAACAUCAUUCCAUCUAAAAGGUUAUCUACAGAAGCAUAAGAGCAUGAGCAUAUACAUACCAAUGGAAAACCAUAAAAUAAUGAUUUAUGUGCCAGUUCAUUCCGUCGAAAAGGAAAGACCCAUUUAAGCAUUAUUACAUCAGAAAAAACAUUUAAGUCUGAUUUUUGUGCUUAUAAAUUAAGUCUAAAGAAUAAUUUUUAGACACAUUUUAGCAUUCAUAACAAAGAAAAAUGAACAUUCAAAACUGGAUUUAUGUGUUUAUAAAUCAGUCUAAACAGUAAUCUUAAAAAACAAAUAAGCAUACAUAUAAAAAAACCAUUCAAAUAUGAAGUAUGCGCUUAAACAUUUCGUCUAAAACAAACUCUAAAGACACAAUGAGCAUACACUGUUACAGUAGUACACAAGAAAAAACAUUCAAAUGUGAUUUAUGUGCUUAUAAAUCAAGUCAAAAAAGUAAUCUUACGAAACAUAUAGGCAUACAUACCAAAGAAAAACCAUUCAAAUGUGAAGUAUGUCCUAAAACAUUUCGUCUAAAACAAUAUCUAAAAAAGCAUAUAAGCAUACAUAUAUCAGGAAAACCAUUCAAAUGUGAAGUAUGUGCUGAAACAUUCCGUACAAAAGGAAAUCUAAAGCAGCAUAUAAGCAUACAUAAGUCAGAAAAAACAUUCAAGUGUGAAGUAUGUGCUAAAUCAUUCCGUCUAAAAGGUUACCUAAAGAAGCAUAAGAGCAUUCAUUUAUCAGAAAAACCAUUCAAGUGUGAUUUAUGUACUAGAACAUUUAGACUGAAACAAACUCUAAAUACGCAUAUAAGCAUACAUCUAUCAGAAGAAACAUUCAAAUGUGAAGUAUGUGCUAGACCAUUCAAUCAAAAAGGAAAUUUAAACAAGCAUAUACGCAUACAUAAAUCAGAAAAACCAUUCAAGUGUGAUUUAUGUGAUAGAACAUUCCAUCAAAAACAUACUCUGGAGAGGCAUAUGAGCAUACAUAUACCGGAGAAAACAUUCAAAUGUGAUUUAUGUGGUUUUAAAACCAGUUUCAAAGGUAGUCUUAAGACACAUAUAAGCAUACAUACCAAAGAAAAAACAUUCAAAUGUGAACUGUGUGCUAGAACAUUCCGUCUCAAAGGAACUCUAAAGCAGCAUAUGAGCAUACAUAUAUCAGAAAAAACAUUUAAGUGUGAUUAAUGUGCUAAAACAUUCAGUCUGAAACGUUCUUUAAAGCGGCAUAUGAGCAUACAUAUAUCAGAAAAAACAUUCAAGUGUGAUUUAUGUGCUAAAACAUUCAGUCUAAAACGUUAUUUAAAGCGGCAUAUGAGCACACAUAGCAAAAGCAAAGCCAUUUAGAUGUGUCUUACGUACUUAAACUUAAACACAGAAAAUAAAAUGAAUUGACAUUUGAGGAUGCAUACUUGAGUAAAAACCAAUCAAGUAUGAUGUUUAUUAUAGUUUUUAAAGAUAACUUUUAGCGUCACAUGUCAAUACAUUCUCGAGAAGACAUCUUAAUGUCAGUUCUGUGAUUGUACGUUUAAAUGUUCGUUCAAAUUGUCUUAAGAAUCAGUUGAGAACUCAUAUUGGACAACAAUCAUUCAAAUGUGAUGUGUGUAACAAAACGAAUCUGGCAUGGGUGUUCUCGUAAGCUUCACAGGAGGAACACAGGAGAAAAAUCAUUCAAAUGUGAUAGGUUGCAAACGAGUUUGUUAUGAUAGCUGUUUUCAUAGGCUUUACAUGAGGAAAAUACAUUGUAAUGUGAUGUAUGAGGCAAACGAUUCAUUCACAAGUGUUUCCUCUUUAAAAGCGUACGUCACAUGUGAAUUCAUACUGGUACAUAACCAUUCGAAUGUGAUGAACUUAAUACUACAUUCAGCUUUCAGGAUAGUUUUCGGGCCAUUUGAGACUUCAUACUGGAGAAGAACCAUUUAGAUGUGGUGUUUGCAGUAUAAAAUACCAUUAUAGGUCACAUGGACUUAGUAGGAAGAAUACUCAUUCACAUAUCAG